CCCUUGGAGGAGAUGGAACAGCCAAAGUACGGUGUCACAGAGAAACUGGAGAUCGUGGGGAUGGAAGACGAGGAGGGGAAGCCCAUCAGUGCCCUGAGCAUCCUGUCUCUGCUGGAGCGCGUGGCUGGGAUUAUCGACAACGUGCAGUCGGGCCAGCAGCGCAUGGAAGAGCGACAGCUGGAUCUGGAGAACAACAUCCGUAGCAUUCAGGAUGAUGUCCUGAAGUUGACCAAGGAGCACUCUGACACCAGCAGCUGCCUGGACAAGGUUCUGCAGAAGACGCGAAAAGUCAGCGCCAACGUCAAGGACGUCCGAGCCCGCGUGGAAAAGCAGAAUGGCCGUGUGAAGAAGGUGGAAAGCACCCAGGACGAGCUGCUCACCAGGAACAAGUUCAGAGUCGUCAUCUACCAGGGAGACACCGAGGUCCCGUCGGUGGCCGUCACCAAGAGCCCAAAGCCGGGCCUGGAGGCUCUGGAUCUGGAACCAGAUUCUUACGACGUCCCCGCCGACCUCUCCUCAGACGAGGAGUACCUGAGCGUGGAAGAGUCCGACCCUUCCCGGGCGGCGCGAUUUAAGAAGUCCAUGGUAAAGAGCACGGAGACUCUGAAGGCGGCCUUCUCCAAGGAAAACAUGAGCAAGACCAAAGACAACCUGGGCACCAAGUUCCACAACCUGGGCGAGAAGGUGAUGCCGCCCGAGCGCCGUGAGAAGAUGCACCAGGCAGGCGAGCGCCUCAAGCAGAGCGGAGAGCGCUUCAAGGAAAACAUCGCCAAGAAGGCUCCCACCAAGGAAAGUUUCAGGAUCAAAAUCAAGAAGGAACGAGCCGUGUCCGAAGGCCAGGAGGUCGCAGACGCCGAAGUUGGGGCCGAAGCCGAGGUCGCCGUCCAGCCUCCGAUCCAACCGCAAGCUGAACCUGCCUACACAGAGGUCACCACAGAGACCAAAAAGGAGGGCCCGACGGACCAGGUCAACGCCGCCAGGAGGUCCGAAUUGGAAGAAGAUUACGGAAAUUAA